AUGGCUGUGUUUCUAACUAAUAUAUGCAAGUUUAACCAGUGCGGGAGAAUUUUCAACAGCCUGACUGAUUUAAUACAUCACAUAGAGAACACGCACAUUGACCACGAAUCACCAGCUCCCGGAUUCUCGGAAAAAUCGCAGUCCACGUGUCUUCCGCUCAGCUACGUGCUACGCUACCACAACGACAACUCUUGUAAGGAUACAGCAUCAUCAUCAGCCUCAACAACGACUCCUACAACCGCUACUGACAAGAACAAACAAGGGGGGAAUAUAACUACGGGUGGUGUCGGCCUUUCUGCAACGUUACCUAGCGCAACUAACGCUUGCCCGGCCAGUCCGGCCGACUUGGGUGCUAGCAACGGCGGUUCUGCAGGUGGGGGUGUGAGUCACGCCCCGAGCAUUGGAGGCUCAAAUGGUCCAACGCUGGCCGCUGAUGGUAUUGCCAAACCAUCGAUAUCCAUAGGAGGCCAAAAUUCUGGCGAUCUCAAGCGCAAAAUAGCGAUUAAGCAUCACAGCUACAGCAUUUCGUCUUCAAAUCGCAGCACAACCCCUACAGGAAGCGAAAUGGAUGACGAUGAUAUGAUGGGAUCGGAGUCAGAAGACAGCGAUGAUUCUUAUACGACCGAGGAAUUCAGCUCGGAAUUCAUAAUGCGCUAUGGAAGCAGAAGGCACUCAUCGUCGGGAGCUAACGGAAGUACCGUGUCGAACGAGAAGCCAUUUGCCUGUCCAGUCCCAGGCUGCAAGAAGCGUUACAAAAAUGUGAAUGGCAUUAAGUACCAUUCUAAGAAUGGUCACAAGAAGGACGGAAACCGCGUAAGAAAAGGCUUCAAGUGCUUUUGUGGGAAGAGCUACAAAACAUCACUUCGCCUGAAAAACCACAAUAUAAUUGCACAUGCACAGGUAGCAUCAAACGAUGGCACGGAAGUUCAGCAACCCACCGGCAGUGCACAGAUAUCCUCCGUUAGUGGUACUAAUGGUGGUUCUCUAUCAACGACGUCAGCAACAGUGACAGCAAACACUCUUACGUCCACUGUGCUCAAACCGUCUUCGCCCAUCUCAAAUCAUGGCAAUGCUGUGAAAACUUCUAGUCAAAUUGGUACAAAUGCUACUAGUCCGGCGGCGGUCACCAUUACGCAGCUAGCACAUAAGCUUCCGCGCACUACAACCAACGCAACUUCCACCAUCACUAGCAGCACAGCUUCUGCCGCAUCGAUAGUAACAACAACGGUAAGCGCUGUCAACACUCCCGAAAUCACUACCAUCACUACAAUAGCAUCUGGUCCGCCCUCCACCUCGACCAUUCACACGGUUGCGACCGGGUCCAGCAUAAAAUACGAUAAUCUGGGUAUUUUGACCCCUGCCACCUCACCAAAGCUAACUGCCAACAUUUCCAGCGAUGCACAACAGCAGCAGCCGUUCAUCCCGGUGACCGUGUCGGUGGCGCAUUCUUCGCCAACGCUAAUAGGAAAUUUCAAUGCCACUAACGCACCUUUAACGGGAAACGGUCAGCUAGUAGGUUCUGCGAGCGGUUCUUAUGGACUGGGUGGAAAUGGAACAGCUUUUUAUAGCGGGGUUGGAGAUGGGGGCGGUGGUAAUAGUGGAGUCGGGAUUGCCCUUGUUGUUUCAAACGUGGUCGGUGAAUCACUUAAUGGUAGUGGCGGUAGUGGCGGUACGGCAGUACUAUCGGUGUCAACAGCGGCUAGUCAAUUAUACGCCGAAGAGACGUAGCCGAUACUUAAGAAUUUACUGUUGCGAAAGUAUUGACUGGUUGACGGUACCUGUUCUACUAGUUCUAAAAAAAUAUUCUAUACCUUUAAAUUAUCUAUAUGAUAGCUCCCAAUCCCUAUCCCCCCCCAAUUUUUGAAAUAAUUUAUGAACUUUAUUUGAACAGACAAAUGUUUGCAAAUUGUUACAAUUUUACAAUGAAAACCGAGACCAUUGUGGGAUUGUUUAAAAGCUUAUGUCCUUUUUUAUUAUUCUUAUUCAUAUUAUUAUUUAUCAACUUCAUUUGAUAUGUGUAUGGUUGUUUGAAAAAUUUGAAAAAUAAAAGUUUUUCGUGCCAGUGACCAGCGAAACUAUGAAAAAGGGUCGAAGUUUACCAGUAAAAAAUCGCUUUGCUAAUUAGCAAAUUAAUUAUUAAUUUGCUUUGCGUUUAAAAAAUACGAAAUUUUGUUUAUUUUUGGGCGUCUGCAGUGUUCAUUGGUCGCUUAAAUCUCAUGAUCUGCGUAUGUCUUAUAGAAUGUUCGUAUAACGGCACAGCCAUUAUCACUUGAACAAUGCGGCUCUUUGCACUAUUGCAUUCUGUGCAUUCUCUUCACCACAUGUUUCUUUUUUUUGCAAUGAGCACUAUUUAAAAAGGGAAAGGGUACAAAACUUAAUUGGUAAUGUGAAGAUUCAUUACAUAUUUUCUCAUGUUUUUUUCGAUUUUUGGUUUUACGACUGAUCUCAUCAAUUAAAUUGCCAGGUCUCUUAAACUCCUGUAUUCAAAAACAAAAAAAAAUAAACUGAUACCAAACUCAUUAGAAUAUAGUUCUGCGACCCCGAUCAAAGCGAAAAACCAACAAAAUGUAAACGAAAAGAAUAGAUAAACGAGAAUGGCAGAUAGUAAAAAGAUAAUAUGUAAGAAAAAUAUAAGUAAAGCACAGCUUAAAGAACAUAAAAGAAAUGAAUAAGUAUUUAAUGUAGCAAAGCAUUGUUGUUCCUGUUAGUUUUUAUUUUAAUGCUACCGUGACUACAACCCGACGAUCCAGAGAAAAAUGAGAAAGACAGGAGGAAUCAUCUUAGUGAUUAAAGAAUUGAGAACAAUUAUUUGUGUUCGGCACUGGAAGAAAUACGUUGUUUUGUUUCUACUAUUUAAUUUUGUUUCAUCUUAAUCUUUUCGUUCCAUAAGCGAUAAUAUGAAAAGAAACAAAUCGUUUACAUAGUUGAGAAAGAAUAUGAAUUGAAUUUGCUGUGAUUUUAUUUUUUGUUUUAUCUUUUUUUUAAUUUUUUGUAUUCGAAGUGGAAAAACAUGUCACACACAACACUUUUAGCUGUUGCAUCGCAAAACCGCCAUAAAUGUUGCAUGGUGUAUACAAUCUCCUGAUUAUUAUUUUAAAACAUAUAUUUAUGUGUGGCUAUAAAAGUUUAGUUGAAUGUCAAUAGGGAAACUAGAACUGCCCAAACUACUACUUUCUAGUGAAAAUGUAUAGUCAGCGUUUGAAAUCAAACUUAGCAGAAAUCGUUUGGAAUGAAAAGCAAAAAAAAAAUCGUUAACAAAUAUUAUACAAACGAAAGCAUAUUUAUUUCAACUAAAAUACAUUAUAAAGUGAGCCUGUUUUUCUACUGCUAAAUCAAAGCACCUUUAAAUAUUAAUUUCAAUCAGUGUGGGCUUUGAAGCAUGGCAGAAUGAUAAGAAACAUACACACCCGUGAGAGGAUGAUAUUUACUGAUUUUGCUGCUGAAGAUCUCAUUCAGUAACUUUUCUCACAUUUGUCGCACUGUACCGUUUUUUUCUUCUUCUUAAUAGAUAUAUCUGUAUUAAACAGAAGCGAAUCUGUAUUAAACAGAGAAAUUCGAAAUGUUAUUUUAUGAUUAUGUGUCAUUGGAAACGAAAUGAAAUUAUAAUGUGACGGAAAAGAAAAUGAAAUUUAUUCGUAACAUCGGAAACAUUGCAUUAUAUGGUAAAAAAUCCAACGACAGCUGCGAUGUUUUGAAUCUGUGUUCUUCGUCAUCGAGGUUAUAAAACUAAAAUUUGCACUAGACGUGUUAUUUUUCGUAAAACUAUGUGUAUGUGGAGUGUAUAUGUGUACAUGCGUGUACCUAUUCAUGCACUAUGCACUAACGAUGGAGCUGCUAAUGAAAAUGGAAGGACAGGACCACGCCGUUUUCCUUUGCUUCAGGGAAAUUAGUGCUGGCAAAGCUAAACGACAACAGCAACAAUGCUCUUUUGUGUGCACGUGUCGUCAUUAAAAAUCUCGCCAAUACGACACCGUUAAUAAAAUAUCAUUAAUUUUUCCAAUAGCUAGUCAAAAUUUUCAAAAUAUAUUUAUGUUCGUAGAUUAUCGGAUUAAUCGAAUAACAAAUUGCAGCAUUCGCAUUUUCAAUAAAUGCAUAUCGUA